AUGUUUAAUAAAGAAGAAUUAAGUAAUGAUAGGUUCCCUUCUGAAGCAUCACACGUCAUUGACUUGAAAGAAACAGUCAAAAUAUUAAAUGAAACGAUGUCACUUAAAAAAAAUUUUCCACAUUUGAAGAUAGCAACUCGUGAUACUUUCAAAGAAGUUAUAAUUUCUGAUAUUUACAGAGAAUCAGGUCAUUCGAUUCAACUUAAAUAUGAGAAUUCUUCAUGGACCGUUGUCGACCAUCAACUUCCAAUUCCAAACGCUUUUGAGGGAAUUGCAUCGUGUACCAAUUUAAUUGACAGUAUCAGAAGAUAUAUAAUCUUCCUGGUACUAGAAAAAGGGAAAAUAUUUAGAGAACUACGUUAG